AGGGCGAGCUAUUCAAAUUAGGGCUAGACUAUGGAGGUGGUUCCGCCAUUUCGAUAUGGUUGUUACACGUCCACCCUGCAGAUGGCAUUGAGUAGGGAAUCUUGACAAUGGAGAUGGAAAUCGUCACAAUGGAAAGCAAGUGUAUUGCACGGCAUUGCUUUGACAAACCUGGAUCAUGGGUUUCUUGCCAUUCAAGAAAGCACCAGUGGGAACAUCUACAUAAAUAUCCAUGCAAUGUGCCUUGUGCUAAGUUACAGAUGGGGCCUCAGAGGUUAUCUUCUCUAAGGCGUGCCCCACAUAAUUUUGUACUUGCUAGUGUGAAAUAUCCCAUACGCCAAUUGGUUUGGAGACAUCCAUCUUGCAGAACUUUUGCCAUGUCUGUUGAUCUAGAGAAGGGCACUUCCUUAGUACCACAAGGAGAUGGCUCAAUCGAUAAUGACGAAUCUCUUGUAGAAGAUUUAUCUCAAAAGCUUCUCUCUGAACCACCAGGCUCUAAUGUGUUAAAAUCAUUGCUGGCUGAUUCUGAAAGAACAAAGCUUAUCAGGAAACUUAGUGAAGCCAAUCAAUACAAUCGAUUCCUGAAACGACAGUUGCAAUUCAAGGAGGAUGCUUUGAUCAACUUCAAAAGUGAACUUGCUAUGUUGGAACUUGAACUUCAGACUUUGGUUGGAUUGGCAGAAGAAUUAGCUAAGUCUGGCACCCAGCAGGGUUUAAGAAAGAUCAAUGGGAAAUACAUUCCAUCUUAUCUUCUUUCUAGACUAGAAGCUGUCCAUGAAAAAAUAAAGGAAGAGAUAAAGGGUGUUGAGGCUAUAAAAUUGAAAGAUAUUGAGUUGUUCUGCUGCCUCCUUAGGGUACAUGUGGCAAACAUUUGUGAUGAUUGGGACUGUUGAUUUUGGUUGGCCACCAUGUGGAUAGGCUAUAUCGGAAACCAAGGUGAUCAUCUGGAUUGUGGUAGUUCAAUCAGUGGCAUGCAAAAGUUAUGGAUAGAACAAUGGUCCAUAUUCUAUGAGAACAAACUCACAAAUAGGUGGUCACUAGGGGGCUGUUUGGAUACCAUCAAAUAAGUUACUUUUUCUACUUACAGCAGCAGAUAAGUAACUUAUUUGACAUAAGUUUGGUUUAUGAUCAAUUAUAAGUAGCUUUUUUAUUUAAAGUUAAUCACUUCAGUUUAAUAAGUAGAAAUCAAGAUAAGCUCCUUAAGGCAUAAGUAGCUUAUCUCAAGUAACUUACGAUCCAAACGCCCCCUAGCUGUCCAAUCACUGUGAGAUUUGGCCUUUACGCAAUACUCAGUGUCCACCAGAUGGAAGUCCCAAUUACUAUGUUUGCCAUGUGUACUAUUAUGAGGAGAGAAAUAUGCAGAACUACAUGCCAGCUGCAUAAUGUCAUUUCUCUGUGCAAGGAUUGACAGGAGAAAAUGUAACACUGCAAACCAAUCACUGGAAAAAAAGAAAUAAUUUAGGCAUUCAACUCCGCUUUUCUAGUUGUUGCUAGUGGAAUGAAAUCAUUCUUGGUUGGAUCUGAAAUACUUAAGAA